UGCAUACUCAAUAACGUAUUCAACCCAUGACCUCCAAUCACUAUUAGUGGCUUUGUUCUCUGAAGCAUUUCAUCGAACAGCUGAUGGACAAAAAGCCAGGCGUAUGGUUAACCUGCCCAAUGUCCCAAUAUCUCCAACAACAACUCACAACCCGCUUCACCCUCUUCAAAUCAUGGGAGAUCCCAUCAAAACAAGACUUCUUCAACCACCAGUCGCACUCAAUCAGAGCAGUCGUAGGCAACGGAGUCCACGGAGCAGACUCCGAUUUGAUCGAAUCACUUCCGUGUCUGGAGAUCAUUUCCAGUCACAGUUCUGGGUUAGAUAAGAUCGAUUUGGUGAAAUGUGUUGAAAAGGGUAUUAGGGUUACGUCUACUCCUGAUAUGUUGACUGAAGAAGUUGCUGAUUUGGCUGUGUUGUUGAUUUUGGCUACUGUUAGAAAGAUUUGUGCGUGUGAUCGUUUUGUUAGAAAUGAGUUGUGGAAGCAACGAGAUUUUGGAUUGACUACAAAAGUUAGUGGGAAAUCGGUAGGGAUCAUUGGGUUGGGGAGGAUUGGGUCAGCAAUAGCCAAGAGAUUGAAAUCAUUUACUUCCCAGGUUUGUUACUACUCCAGAUCCGAAAAACCGAAUUCGGGUUACAAGUAUUACCCAAAUGUGAUUGAACUGGCUUCCAACUGUGAGAUCCUAGUGAUUGCUUGUUCAUUGACUAAAGCAACUCAUCAUAUAGUCAACCGCGAAGUCAUUGAUGCUUUGGGGCCGAACGGGUUUAUCAUAAACAUCGGACGAGGGGCUCAUAUUGACGAACAGGAGCUCGUGACGGCUCUUGUUGAAGGUAGACUAGGUGGUGCAGGGCUUGAUGUGUUUGAACAUGAGCCCGAUGUGCCCGUGCAACUCAUUGAUCUUGAUAACGUGGUUCUGUCGCCGCAUGUGGGGACUUGCACGGUUGAAACGCGUAAGGCAAUGGCUGAUCUUGUUGUGGCAAAUCUGGUGGCUCAUUUUUCUAAUGAACCAUUGUUAACCCCUGUGGUCUAAAGGGUUGAUGCAUGUUAAAGUAGUUUGCAAAAAGAUUUAAUCUUUUAUUGUCAUACUUGAUUUAGUGAUAAUUGAUUAUUAAUGCACUAUAUGAUGUCUUUCUCAAGAUAUAUAUAUAUUUUUAUUAACA